AUGGCGCGCGGCCGAGCGAAGCCGCCGGAGCGGACGGCGCCGUCCAGCGACGAGUCCGAGGGGCACGUGACGGACGCGGAUCCGCCGACGCCGAGCGACGUGAGCAGCGCGCCGUUCCUGGACGACGCGGAGCAACAUGAAGCAACGCAGGAGGCCAGCUCCGAUCCUGCGGACAGCUGGCAGCUCGGGGACCUGGUACUGCUGGUUGCUGUGGCAGCAUACGCGAGCCAGAUACCGCUCACGAAGGUCGAGGAGUCCUUCAACACGCAGGCCGUGCACGACAUCCUGUACCAUGGCAGAGACCUGGCGAGCUACGACCACAACGAGUUCCCGGGCGUGGUGCCGCGCAGCUUCCUAGGCGCCUUUGCUGUCGCCGCCGCCGCCAAGCCUCUGCUGGCGUUGUUCGACUGGGUCGACGGGAUGGCCGGGGCCGAGGGGCCGCAGGAGCGCACCUCGGCCAUGGCCGUCUGCCGCCUCGUCCUCGCGCUGAUGUGCGUUUACGCCUUCUCUCGGCUGCGCGCGGCGUGCGAGCGCCGCCUGGGCAAGGGGGCCGGCACCGCGCUGUGCGUCCUCACCGCCCUGCAGUUCCACCUCCCCUUCUACAUGAGCCGCAUGCUCCCGAACGUCAUGGCGCUGCCGCUGGUGCUGUCAGGGCUAGCGGACUGGAUCGACGCCGCUCCGUACAGGGCGAUCGUGCAGCUGUCGGUGGCGGCGCUGGUGCUGCGCUGCGACCUCCUGAUCCUGUGCGCGUGCGUCGGCGUGCACAUGCUCGCGACGCGCGCCGUGACGCUCCUGCGCGCGGCGCGGACGGCGGCGGUGAGUGCGGUUGCCGCAGUUGGGUGGUCGGUGCUCGUGGACUCGGUCAUGUGGCGGCGCUGGCUGUGGCCCGAGGGCGGCGUGCUGUUCUUCAACACCGUGAUGGACGGGAGCAAGGAUUACGGGGUCAUGCCGUGGCACUGGUACUUCACGUCAGCGUUGCCGCGCGCACUGCUGCUGACGCUGCCGCUCGUCCCCGUGGGUCUGGUCAUCGAGAAGCGCGUCCGCAGCUACUUCUCCGUCGGCUUGGCGUACGUCGCGCUGUACUCGCUGCUCGGGCACAAGGAGGUCCGGUUCCUGUUCCCUGCCAUCCCGCUGCUUACUCUGCCGGCCGCGUGCUGCGCCGCGAAGCUGACUGCCCUCGAGGCGCCGCGUCACGCGAGCUUCCUGGGCAGGCUGGCUGCGUUCGCGGGCCGCAGGCUGCUGUUCGUCGCGUACGCCGUGGCGUCUGCGUGCGCGCUGUAUGUGUUUGCGUCGGCGGCGCAGCUGAACUACCCGGGGGGUCUCGCGCUGCGCACGCUGCACUCGAUCGGCUGCGCGACCAAGGACGGCGUCGAGGUGACGACAGGCGGCGGGUGGAGGUGCUCGGUGCACAUCAGCGCCCCCAUGGCCGAGACCGGGGUUUCGCGCUUUCUCGAGAUCCCUGACGGCCCCUGGACGUACAGCAAGGCCGAAGACAUCGCGCUGGAGGACCUCCACGCGCAGGACUUCACGUACCUCGUGACGCACGAGCGUCACGCACCAGGGUACGACGUCCUGGGGGCCAUCAACGGCUUCGAACGCGUGCGCGUGCAGUUUCCGUGCGGACGCAGCCUCGGCGGGGCCGUGCACUGCCUGAAGGACCGCACGCUGCCCGUGUCGGUCGAGCUCGAGACCGCCCCGAAGGCGUACAUCCACCUGCGUCAGGGGUACAACAAGCACCACGUGCUGGAGCACGGGAUCCCGCGGGCGCGCGAGGAGGACGCAGCGCCCGGGGAGCUCAGCGUCGGGGAGGCCGGGAACGGCGGCAAGAUGGGCGGCGCGGGGCGGCUGAACGAGGACGCCACGCGGGAGUUUCUGCGGACCAAGGGCGUGGACGCCGACGCGUGGGAGCGCGAGCGGUCGUACGCCGAGGCGGACGGCGUGCCGCCGCCGGCGGGGAUGAAGUCGUGGGAGGACUUUGCGGACCUCCCCGGCCUGGAGAGGUUCCCGGCCCUGUAUGAGGAGGCGCGGCGGUACCAGGAGGAGGCGCGCGACAAGCGGCGGAAGGAGGAGGGGGCGCGGGGCAAGGGCGGAAAGAGGAAGGGCCGGCGGCGCAAGAAGAAGAGCAAGCAGGGCGGGGAGCGCGCCGAGCUGUGA